AUGCUGGGAUUGUGCGUUGCUGAGAACAACAAGACAAUCUUCCAUAUUUUUCGGUAGUUGUUUACAGUUUCUAAAAUAGUAAUUUGUUUUAAAAAAAGUAGCAGACGUGAUUGAUGAAACUGAAUGAACUACCAUGAUGACUUGCACGGUGGUUAACUGACUGUAUGUCACAGCGAUAUUGUAACGAUAUUGUGUUUGACAAGGCUCCCGGACUCCCGGGUUCGACAGUCUGCAGUUUUUAGACUGUUAACAGUUAAGUUCCAGUAGAUCCUCUGUAUUUCGGAUGAAUCGUAUAGAAGAGCACUAGGAUAACUUCCAAAAAUGAGUAUUACGGAUUCCGCCUCGGGAUUGGACGAAGAAAGCCUCGAGACGGUUUAUGGCUGGGUGGACGAAGUACCACUGACAAGACCAAAAAAGAACAUCUCGAGAGAUUUUUCUGACGGCGUUUUGUUUGCGGAAAUGAUACACUAUUAUUUUCCGAAUUAUGUUGAUAUGCAUAACUAUACAGCAUCAAAUGGAAGCAAAGGAAAAACUAAAAAUUGGAACGUACUUAAUAGAAAAGUUCUACGCAGGUUAAAUUUUGAGUUAGCCGAUGAUGUGAUCAGUAACCUAUGUAAGCCUACACCCUUCGUUAUUGAGAAAGUACUGAUGGAACUGAAGACUCGGAUUGACCAGAAGAUGGAGAUGGACAAAAUACAGCCACCACCACCUAUAUCCUCAUUUAGGGCCAAGGAGAGUGACCAACCAGAGGCUGAUCAGCACUUUGGAUGGAAAGGGAAAGGAACAAAAGGACAGAAGCUGCCACCAAAAGCCUCGGUAGAAAUACCUGCUCCACCACCAUUUGAAAGAGUUACUCACAAGAAUCUUGGAAGAAAGGACCCUAUCAUGCCCUCAUCUGGGCCACAGCGUCAAAAAGGGGGAAAUAAAAAUGAGCCGGAUCUCACCAUGAAGUAUGAGGAAAAGGUGCAUGAAUGUCUUAGCAAGGAUGAGACAAUUGCGGUGUUGCAAGCUAAAACAAGACGACUUGAACAUUUGUUGAAUCUGAAGGACAUUCGAAUAAACGAACUUCAAAGUCAAGUAGAACAUUUGCGGCCGACUGGUGGGAUAAAAUGAACGUCUACUGGACCAGUCCUCAGAGCUUCCCUUCACGCCUAUCGCCCCUGUAGUUGUCUUCAUCAGUGUUUGUUCUCUAGGGUAACGUGUAAUGAAUCAUACAAGUGGAUUAAUGGUAUACUCAUCAUUUGUGAACGGAUAUUUCAACGGCCACAUUUAGAUACCAAUGUUCAUUUAAGGACCAAUUAUAUCUCGCAUUCUCCAUCAAACCAAUUUGUAUACAGUUCACCUAUUUUCCUGACAUCAAAUGUUACAUAUGGUAACGUACACUACAAGAUGUCUAUGGAGCAAUACAAUUAACUAAUGAAUGGACUUUGUGUAUUUGUAUGAUUCAAUAACAAUGGUAACUCAUUUCUAGCUUCUGAAGUGUGGGCCACAUUAGUUAUCACAGACAUAGUAAAAAUUGUAAAAUAUUGUUUAUUUAUCAAUUUAUUCCACAGUUUUAAGACAUUACUUUCACCCUAGUUUUGUGAUAUUUUUUUAACUAAAUGUGAAAUAAAUCGAACAUAUUUGAUACGUGCGAUUUGUUUCCCUAUAUUAUGUUUUAAUCAAUAGCGCUAUCACUACUGUUUCUGCUGUAUUGUAAGUUAGUGACACGAAUUAGCAUCCAAUGAUCUGAUCCAGCUGUUUUGAAGCUACAAUAAUUCAAAUACAAUUUGGAAAUCGGUAAAUCUUCCCCCUUUUUUUUUUUUUUUUUGGAGAAGUAAACGUCUCGAUUUUCAUAUUGUGAUCAUUUGAUUGUUCAUUGAAUGAGUGUAUUUUGUAAUGUGCACGCAUGCAGUCAUUAAAUGGUAGCUAACCAUCAGGUUUAUUAGGUUAAAUGUAUCCACAUAGAUUUUUCGUUUAAAAUAUCAUUUACUUCAUUUUUGUAGUAAAAAUAUUAUAGGAGUAUUUUUUAUGUAUUUUUCUAGUAUAUGGAUGCCAUCACUUAAAUUGUAGUGCUUAAUAAUACGUCUUCAAUAGUCUAACCGGUAGUGAUGUGAACAGGUUGUUGCUUACAGAGUUGUGUGAUGUGAUAUUGAAUUACAGACUUAACAUACCUUUUUUGUUUGAAACAUUGAACGUUUUGCAAUUAAAUGUAACAGAAACAUUUUAAACAAUUUCAUUUUCCACAACAUGAACUAAUCAUUUGGAUUCAUUCUGUUUAGAUUUUGUAAGUUUUUUGCUUAAUGUCACAAAUAUUACACUCAGCAUAUUUUGUAUAAUUGAGCCCUAUUAUAUGUUAUAUAAGUUACAAUAACAACAACAUAAUAACGAUGCAUAAAACUUCAAAAUUGAUAAAACGAUGGCAAAAUAUACAACGGAAUUGAGGUGGUCAGGACUAGUAAGGUAGCACACUACAGUAGGACAGCCUAGCCAUGGGCGAUUUUUUUUAAGCAAAUAACUCCUGUAUUAUGAUAUGCAUAAAAAAAAUGAAAAAAAUAAAUGUACACUAUAAUUGGUAUAUUCAGUAUGAAGUAGUACAAACAGGCUUCACAUUUGUUAAAACAAAAAAUAAUCAAUUGGUUCCAGAUUUUAAAUUUCCUGAUUUUCCAAAAGUGUGUUUACACAGGAAAUUUAGUUUUGCCUACAGCGAAAAAUGGAAACCUACC